GCCGCGCUCUCGGGGCCGAAGGCUCGGCUCGGGAAAAGGCCGCGGACGCGUCAGGCGCGGCCCGGGCAGCUUCGGCGACCGCCUGGAGAGGCUGCCGAGGAGAGGAAGCUAUCGUUUCAGCUGCUUAUUACAGACUGAUAAACUGCUGGGGACUCUUAUAGUAAUUGGCUGGCAAUCUCCUGCAGAGAGACAGAAGAAUCCACAUAAAUUAUCCUUGAAUUGCUUCUCGUGUAUGAGAAUUAUUGGCCGCAUUUUCAAAGACUGUAUCUGGAAUACAAUCAGUCAACGUCUAUUGGGCAUAUCUUGUUUAUCAACACUAUUUGAGAGGCACGCAUCUUCUGAUGUUCCAAAAUGGUGCUGUUUGUCCAGCAUAUAAAGAACCCUGCAAUGGCUGCAUCCAUGCAAAUACUCGGCUGUGGCAGAAUGGUUCCAUCAUGGGGACUUCUGGGAAGAAGACCUUCCAGUUUCAGUCCUGCAUGGUGCCGGCGAAUAUCUUCAGGUUUCGCUGCCAGCACCUCCGGAACAGACGCGGUGGAAGUUCUUGGCAAAUCUUAUCUCCCAGAUGACUACACCAACGUCACAAAGAAGAUUCUUUCCAAGGUGGGGGAAAACUUGCACAACCAAAGGCAUCACCCUUUGUGGCUGAUGAAAGAGCGUGUGAAAGACCACUUCUACAAGCAAUAUAUUGGGCGCUUUGGGACGCCACUCUUCUCUGUGUAUGAUGAUAUGCCUCCGGUGGUCACCGUUGAGCAGAAUUUUGACAGGCUGCUCAUUCCAAAAGACCACCCUAGCAGGAAGAAAGGGGAUAACUACUACCUGAAUCGUACCCACAUCCUAAGAGCCCACACAUCUGCCCACCAGUGGGACUUGAUGCACUCGGGACUCGAUGCCUUUCUGGUUGUGGGAGAUGUUUACCGUCGAGAUCAGAUCGAUAGCACCCACUAUCCAGUCUUCCACCAGCUGGAAGGUGUCCGGCUCUUCUCCGACCACGAGCUAUUCAGCAAUGUGGGUGGUGGAGAAAGCUUCUGCUUGUUUGAACAAGGCCACCGCACACCUCACAAGCAAGAGACACACACCAUGGAAGCAGCAAGGCUCAUGGAACACAGCUUGAAAGUGGCAUUGACAAAACUUGUGGCUCAUCUCUUUGGUGAUGCUGGCGCAGAGAACAAAAUCGGCUGGGCGUUUGGCCUGGGGUUGGAGAGGCUGGCCAUGAUCCUGUACGGGAUCCCUGACAUCCGACUUUUCUGGAGCAAAGACGAGCGUUUCCUGAAACAGUUCCACGUGCCUCACAUUAACCAAAGAAUACAAUUCCAGCCUCUCAGCAAAUAUCCUCCUGUGAUCAACGAUAUCUCUUUCUGGCUGCCCUCUGAAAAAUACUCCGAAAAUGACUUCUAUGAUUUAGUUCGAACCAUUGGAGGAGAUGUGGUGGAAAAAGUUCACCUCAUAGAUGAAUAUACACAUCCAAAGACAAAAAGGACCAGCCAUUGUUACGAGAUCACUUACCGCCACUUGGAAAAGACCUUGACUCAGAAGGAAGUAAACUGCAUCCAUAAAUCCAUCGAGGAAUCAGUUGUACAGAAAUUAGGAGUAGAGGGAAGAUUUUGAGCUUUGAAUUCUCCAGUUUUCUUUUAUCGCUGCCCUGCCCACCCCCCCUUCUGUUUGAAAGCAGUUUCUAUCAUGUGGAAGCUUUUGGCAAUGGUGGAAUUUUCAGGUAAUAAAAAGUGAAAAACAUAACAGUUCCUGAAAAUAUCAGUGAA